CGCUGCGCUUUCAGUAUGCUUGCCCUACAUAAACCACGCAUAACGAAACAUCCGCUCUUCUUUCAACAGGUGCUAAGCGUCUUCAUACCAGACAGGAAAGAGUGGCUGAGACCGUCGUGGGGCUCUGCAGGAAACUAUGUCACGCCAUCGCUACCAUAACGUGGAUGGCCUGUUUCUUGGAAAGCACUUCCACGAACAAAGCGUCCGCGAAGCCUUCAACUACAAGCCGUGCCCAGAUGACGUAUUCAUCACGACCUAUCCGAAAUGCGGCACCACAUGGACGCAGCACAUCGUCUACCACAUCUUCAGCAACGGGGUACCACCGGAAUCCGAGGAUGAGCUCAUAGCUAAGACUCCGUUCCUCGAGUUCAUGGGGAACGCAGCCUUCGAGAACCUACCUCGUCCUGCUGCAGUGAAGAACCAUUUGCCGUUCCACAAGAUGCCUUACUCGAAGCACGCCAAAUACAUCUACACAGCCCGGAAUCCUUUCGACUGCUGCGUGGCUUACUAUCACCACGUUAAACUGUUUCCAAUGUACGAUUUUGAACAUGGCACAUUCGAAGAACUCUUCCAAUAUUUCCUCGAUGGCAAGGUCGAUUUUGGAGACUACUUCGACCACUUGUUGUCCUGGUACCCACACCGGAACGACCCGAACGUCUUGUUCUUGACUUAUGAAGGGCUGAAGAAGGACACCAGAGCAGCCAUUCAGAAAGUAGCAGAUUUUCUUGGUGAGGAUUACGGUGCACAACUGCGAAAAGAUCCAGGACUGAUGGAGCGAAUAGUUGAGGUAACGUCCUUCGAAAACAUGCAAAGAAUAAUGAACCCCUUGAUGAGAGGCUUAGCCGACAAGUACACAAGUAUACCGAUGGAAUCCUUGCCAGGAUGGGCGCAGCGUUCGCUAGAAACGUGCGGAGAUGUGAUUUUAAAGCCUGUUUAUGGAGACUUCGUGCGCAAGGGUAUUAUUGGUGAUUGGAAGAAUCAUUUUAAUGCCGAUCAGGUGAAGCGAAUGAAUGACUGGAUCGAGAAGAGGACUGCAGGAAGUGACGUCAUGGAUCUCUGGAAGGACGUUCAUGGUUUUUGGAUGAACGACGAGUGACAUGACAGUGGAAGCAGAAAUGUUGCACUCCUGAGUAUAAGGCAUAUAUAAGCCCUUGACAAUAGUCAGGGGCAGCUCAACUACCUCGUAGACUAUAUUUUACUAGCUGCCGGCGAUUGGAUUGACUAGGUGAUUAGGUUGGAAAAUAAAAUAUAGGAAGGGCA